AUGUCCCCAGUCAGGUUGCUCGUGGGGGCCCCUCGGGCGGUGGCCCUUCCACUGCAGAGGGCCAACAGAACAGGCGGCUUGUACAGCUGUGACAUCACCUCCCCCGGGCCUUGCACACGGAUUGAAUUUGAUAACGACGCUGACCCUUCAUCAGAAAGCAAGGAAGAUCAGUGGAUGGGGGUCACCGUGCAGAGCCAAGGUCCAGGGGGCAAAGUUGUGACAUGUGCUCACCGAUACGAAAAAAGGCAACAUGUCAAUACAAAGCAGGAAUCCCGAGAUAUCUUUGGAAGGUGCUACGUCCUGAGUCAGAAUCUGAGGAUUGAGGAUGACAUGGAUGGAGGAGACUGGAGUUUUUGCGAUGGCCGAUUGAGAGGCCAUGAAAAAUUUGGUUCUUGCCAGCAAGGAGUAGCAGCUACUUUUACUAAAGACUUUCAUUACAUUGUGUUUGGAGCCCCGGGCACUUAUAACUGGAAAGGCAUCGUUCGCGUAGAGCAAAAGAAUAACACUUUUUUUGACAUGAACAUCUUUGAAGAUGGGCCUUAUGAAGUUGGUGGAGAGACUGACCAUGACGAAAGUCUGGUUCCUGUUCCCGCUAACAGUUACUUAGGCUUUUCUUUGGACUCAGGAAAAGCUAUUGUUUCUAAAGAUGAGAUCACUUUCGUGUCUGGUGCUCCAAGAGCCAAUCACAGUGGAGCUGUGGUUUUGCUAAAAAGGGACACGAAGUCUGCACAUCUUCUCCCUGAGUACAUCUUUGAUGGGGAAGGUCUGGCUUCUUCCUUUGGUUAUGACGUGGCAGUGGCGGACCUUAACAGUGAUGGGUGGCAAGAUAUAAUUAUUGGAGCCCCACAGUAUUUUGAUAGAGAUGGAGAAGUUGGAGGUGCCGUGUAUGUUUACAUUAACCAGCAAGGCAGGUGGAAUAAAGUCAAGCCAAUUCGUCUUAAUGGAACCAAAGAUUCUAUGUUUGGCAUUGCAGUAAAAAAUAUUGGCGAUAUUAAUCAAGAUGGCUACCCAGAUAUUGCAGUUGGAGCUCCCUAUGAUGAUAAGGGAAAGGUUUUUAUCUAUCACGGAUCCCCGAAUGGAAUAAAUACCAAGCCAACACAGAUUCUUGAGGGUAAAUCCCCUUAUUUUGGAUAUUCAAUUGCUGGAAAUAUGGACCUUGAUAGAAAUUCCUACCCUGAUGUUGCUGUUGGUUCCCUCUCAGACUCAGUAGCUGUGUUCAGGUGUGUGAUCUCUGACUUCAGUUAAGUAUGUUCAGUAUUC